UUGAGUUUAGUCGAGGUGUUGAAUAUUGCAGCUUGUCCGGUAUCCAGCCACCAUGCAUGAGUAACACUGUGAUAGGUGAAAUCAACGAAACAUCCGGAUAGAUCUCUUUUCUUGAUAGUUAACUCCACUCGAACAGUACGAGCGUCUUUGUCUGGAUCCGUUUGAUCACUCGACUUGCUUCAUCGGUUCUUUCAUCUGUAAGUCUGAGAAGUUAGAGACGGCGGCGACCAAAAGCGAAAGCGUUUGUUUGGGCCGGGAGCUGGAAGCCAAUUAAUUAAUCAAGAAGAUUAAUUGUGAGAUGGAAAAAUCAACAAGUGAUCAAGAAAUUCAACAAAAAGUGGAAACUCCUUCAGCCACAAAUGGAAAUCAAAAUCAUGCUGAAAUUCAACAAUGGGAUCAGGAAGCUGCGAACACAUUGAGCAGUGGAAAUGGAAAUCAACAUAGAGAUCAUCAGUUGGUAAAUAGCAUCAAAGAAAUGGCUGCAAGCUUGGAGCCACCCUUAUCAUCAAAAGAGUGUUGUAUCUACAGGAUUCCAACUUUUCUUCGCAAAUUAAAUGAGGAAGCCUACACUCCUCAGGUUAUAUCAAUAGGGCCUUUCCACCAUGGCAGCAAAAGAUUAGAACCCAUGGAAAAGUUGAAACUGAAAUACUUUCAGAGAUUCCUACAGCGGAUUGACUUCAACGUGGAGAUUUUAGUAAACGCCAUAAAGCUAAAUGAAGAAAGUGUGCGUAGUUGCUAUGCAGAAACCAUCAAGUUUAGCAGUGACAAUUUCGUGAAAUUAAUUUUGGUGGAUGGGAUCUUUAUUAUUGAAUUUCUCUACGGAUUCUGGUUCCAAGGAUUAAAUAGUGUUAUUCGUGAGAACCAUGUACUGUUAAACCCAAUAUCGUGGGGGGUAAUUAUGUUGGACUUGGAGUUACUUGAAAAUCAACUUCCUUUAUUUGUUCUUGGGAUACUAUUCAACCUUGCAUUUGCACCGGAUGAUGAGCAUCCUUCCUUCACUUCGCUUGCAAUUAGGGUCUUUGAGGACAUUAAAGGUCAGAAAUUUCCUGAAAAUCUUGGAGAGCAACCAAUUAGACACUUACUUGAUUUGACUAAAGCAUUUUUACUUCCAUCAUCCAGAUCAAAGCUAUUGCCAUCACAUGAAAGUAAUGAUGAUCUUGCUAGAUCAGCUGAUCAUUUAUAUUCUGCAAGCCAAUUGUACAAGGCUGGAGUGAAGUUUAUGGUGAGAUCAUGUAAAUGCUUACUUGACCUGACCAAACACUCUGCUGAUUUGGCCAGAGCAUUUCUCCGUCUAUCAUCUAGAAAGCUAGUGUUACCACAUGAAAGUAAAGAUCUUCUUAGUGCUGAUCAUUUAUAUACUGCAAGUCAGUUGUACGAGGCUGGAGUGAAGUUUAAGGUGAGCUCAAGCAAAUGCUUACUUGACCUAAAAUUCACCAACGGAACUUUGGAAAUUCCAUGCUUGGAACUGAAUAAUCAGACAGAGACUAGUUAUCGAAACGUCAUAGCAUUUGAGCAAUGCCACCAUCCAUAUGAUUCACAUUUUACAGACUAUAUUGUGCUUUUGAAUUUCCUAAUUAAAACUCCCAAAGACGUGGAUUUACUUGUUAGAAAAGGAAUUAUCAUUAAUUGGCUUGCCAACAGCUAUGCAGUGGCAUCUUUUUUCAACAAUCUGGGCACGAAUAUUGUAUAUCAAAGCACAGAAUCUGCUUAUGGUGGUUUGUUUCGAGAUUUGAAUGCAUUCUAUAAUAACAGUAAGCAUACUUGGAAGGCUACCUUGAAACGUGAUUAUUUCGGCACUCCUUGGAAAAUAGCUUCUACUAUAGAUGCUGUUACUUUAUUGCUGCUCACUCUCAUACAAGCCAUAUGCUCCAUCAUCCAAGUUGUGAAGAUGUGAAGAAGCUUUGUGCAUGAAAUUCUGGAACACUUACAUCGGCUGGGGCUGAGAAUGGAGAAAAUCAAUAGAAGAUCAAGCUAGUGAUAGAACAUGAUAUGAGUUUCAUGCAACAAGAGUGAAGGUGAUCAUGCUAUC